CAGGUUUAGCAUACCAGAAACAUGGCUACAAGUGCCGUUCCCAGCGAAAACCUCCCCACGUACAAGCUGGUGGUGGUCGGAGACGGUGGCGUGGGGAAGAGUGCUCUCACCAUUCAGUUUUUCCAGAAGAUUUUUGUGCCAGACUAUGACCCAACUAUUGAAGACUCCUACCUGAAGCACACAGAAAUAGAUGGACAAUGGGCAAUUCUUGAUGUUCUGGAUACUGCAGGCCAAGAGGAGUUCAGUGCAAUGCGGGAGCAGUACAUGAGGACUGGAGAUGGUUUCCUUAUUGUCUACUCCGUAACGGACAAGGCUAGCUUCGAGCACGUGGACCGGUUCCACCAGCUGAUCCUCAGAGUCAAGGACAGAGAGUCCUUUCCAAUGAUUUUGGUGGCAAACAAAGUUGAUCUAAUGCAUUUACGGAAAAUUACAAGGGAACAAGGAAGAGAAAUGGCAACAAAACACAAUAUUCCCUAUAUAGAAACUAGCGCCAAGGACCCACCUUUAAAUGUUGACAAGGCCUUCCAUGAUCUUGUGAGGGUAAUAAGGCAACAGAUCCCAGAGAAAAGCCAGAAGAAGAAGAAAAAGACCAAAUGGCGAGGGGACAGAGCCACGGGCUCCCACAAACUCCAGUGUGUGAUUUUGUGACGGACCGCCUGGGCAUGCCUUGGACGCUUCCCUCCUCCCCCCCUGACCCAUACCAGCCCAGGCGAGGAGCAGCAGCGUGAUGCCCAUGAGGCCCCACUGCCUCUCCGGCCUCCCCACGGCGCCUGGGGCUCAGAGGAGGCAGCUCAAGGGGGUCCAGACCCUCAAGGGGGGGCUGCGUGUCGGGGCCGGUGUGGGACCUGCGUGAAUGGGAGGUGGAAGGGAUCAGCAGGACUUCGACUCUCAAGCACCGCCACCGCCUUCCAGGGGCCUCCAUGAUGUUUAUUUAAAAAAAAGAAAAAAAAAAAAAAAAAAAAAAAAAA